GAGUAUUCAACAAUCGUCCUAACUACCUGCUGCCACCCUGAAUCACUUUCUUUGUUGAUCUAAGCAUGAGCUCACAACAGCCCCAGAAUGCACCAAGAUCUCCGGACAGGAGCAGAAGCCCUAAAAUAAGACAUGAACGGAGAAAGAAGUCCCGCCACCGCUCAAAAUCUCCGCAGGCGUCUGGCUCUCGGGCAACGCAUAAGUCCCAUUCCAGCCCAGCACGCAAAUCCAGUCACUCUGCGACUGUAGCAGAGCAAGAUGGGUCAAGACCCCGCCCAGACGAUGGUCUUUGUUGGGCAUGUUCGGCUCCAUCCGAACCUGGCAAGCUUCUUUGCGCCGGCUGCAUUAAAGAUAUGGCUACAGACCGGGAAGCAGAGGCAAAAAGAAUUAAAGACUAUAUCCAAGACGCAGUAGCAGAGGGUAUUCAGGCAGCCUCAGCUACCAAAACACCUAGAUCAAGGCCCAAAGUUAGUAGCGUCAAUCAGCCAGGACGAGACGAUUCACCUACUCGGGAGACGCUAUCACCAGGCUCAUCGGACUCUGAAGAGCCCUCAGAGUAUUUAUUUGAUUUUCAAUAUAUUGAAUCAUUUGUCACAGCCAUAAGAGAGGCCAUUGACUGGGAUCAGGAUGUUCAGCCGCCUGAAAAAAUUAAAAGAUUUUUUCCUAGCCGUAAGAGACAAGGGGUUACCUUCCCCCUCUUACCAGAAAUCCGAGAAUGGUUCGAGGAAGAAUGGGAAAGGCCAGAAAGGAGGGCAAACGUUCAAAAUCGUUUCUCAAGGUUGUACCCUUUUAAAACUCCAGAGGCAGACCUUUGGGACUCACCAUUGGGCAUAGAUGUGGCCUUACAGCGCUUGGCCAGACAGGUCGCGCUGCCUUUGCAGGAUUCCACGACCUUUAGAGAUCCAAUGGAUAGACGUGCAGACACAGAUCUGAAAAAGGUAUACUCAGCCGCAGGUGCAGCGUGUCGCCCGGCCAUUGCCCUAACUUCAGUCUCCAGGGCACUCAAGGUCUGGACCACGAGAACCCAAGCAGCCCUUAAAGCAGAGACAGGCUCAGAAGCACUCAUACAAACAAUGGAGGAUUUCGAUCUUGCUGCCGAUUUCAUAGCAGAAGCCUCUAUGGACUUGACAAAGCUACUUGCAAAGAUCAUGGCUUUUGCAGUGACGGCAAAGAGGGCUCUUUGGUUGCGGCAUUGGGGCGCAGACAGCACCUCCAAACUGAGUCUCUGCAAUAUUCCGUUUAACGGCAAGGUGCUGUUCGGAAAGACCCUAGAAGAAGCUAUCAGUCGGGCUACAGGGGGAAAAUCGGGUCUAAUGCCACAGAGACCCAGGAAGAGACAGCAGGCCACUCGGCCAGCCCAGCCAGAGUACAAAAGGGCGUAUGACGCCAGGGCAUACAGGCCAGGACGGGAAUAUACAAGACCCUACUGGAAAAACCCACAAAAUUCGUUUUUGCGGAAGGUAAAGUCUAGAGCGGCGCAGACCGCAAAGAAACCCGAGAAGUCCUUUUGA